AUGGACCAGAAGAUUCUAAACCUUUGCAAGGAGUUGCGCACUCCUCCAGCGGUUAUGACUCCUAAACAGUUCAUCCACCAGUUCAUAGAAAGUGAGAAUUCUGACAUAGCUUACCUGCGACAAUUUUGGGCUUCCAGUGGUAUCGAUUCAACAAUGGCUCUCAUGGGAGCUUUGCGUAAUGAGAUCAAUCGCACAGAUGUUGGGCGGGAGGCUUGGUACCACUUCAUCCUUCAAGAGGCAAUCAAUAUCUCCAGCACUCAGCUUCCUCCGACUGGGAACUACCCUUCAGGCCGUUUCCACAGCUCAACAACCGUGCAACAGUCCUUUUUCACUGCAGAGGCCCUGGCUGGUCAUGAUCAAACUCUCACCCGGCAUGACAUGCCAUUUGUGUUUGAUCUUUUGAUUGGAACCUUGAAUGCACCUACCCCUGCAGAUGCCGCUCAGCAAGAUGAGGAGCUUGUCGGAGCGGCAGCUGCACCAGAAGCAGCCAACAUCUUGGUUUCCCCUGAGGAGCAGGCAGGGGUAUCUUACACCUCAUUGGUGCAUGGUCAUGACCGAGCCCAUCACCGGGCCCACAGAGUUGCGACAACUAUAUGUGCUAUGAUAGCCUUCACGCAAAAUCGACGUCACAACGCACUUCAGCUGAACAACUCAGUCCGAUUCUUUGCGUGUGGUGUGUCUGAACGGGUGCAUGAGUACCUCAACUAUAUUGGCUUGACAUCGUCCAGGAGCACGGCGCUAGCUGCGUUGAAGACUUUGUCAAGUCAAGGUGAAAGGGCCAUUCGCUCCGCCAUGAGGAUAGUUAAAUCUGUCCCUUUGGCCCCCACAAUCUGCAUUAAUAACAUUGACAUUGAGCAACGCGUUCAUCAGCAGUCGGUUGGUAAUCGAUCACACACUUGGCGGGGCACCUGGGGGUACAUCCAUGUGCCAAGCAAGGAGUUGCUUGCUAAGUUGAACCUGGCUGAACUGGAUUUGAAAUCUUUCCAUGACGCCAUGCACUCAGUCCAAAAGUUGGAGAUCCAACCGCAUAUGUUCCUUCCUACGCCAUCUGAGGAGCGUUACGAGGUAUCUGUAGUUAAAAGUCAGAUUGCGAAGGUACUGUCCGAUUACCUUGCUACACCAAGUGAUAAAUCUCGAUCAUUCCCAACGAGGCCGGCACCUGUGGAACCAAUCAGUGCUAGAGCCCCAGAGCUCCUCAUGUUGAAACUCAUGGACGCAUCCGACAACUCAGCAGAGGGAAUUGGCCAGGUUUUCCAGUCCAUCAUCAGUCAAACCGGCCUCUCAGUCGAGGAUUUCUUUGAGCGACUACAGCCCAUGGAUGGGGAUCUGGGCACAGUGCAAAAUUUCAACUGCUUGCGAUCACAGAGAUUACCGAGUUCAGUACCGCGAAACCGUCUGGACAAUGUGUUCUUCCAGCUUGGGGCUUCCCAUACCCUGUGGAACAUCGGCUCCAACAUAUUCACCCAUCACUUUGGGAAUCCGAGCGAUCAAAAUAACUGUGGGGCGUGGCAGCACUUGGAGGCACUGGGGUUUCCUUCCGAGAAGGCGAUUCAGAAGAAAGAUUUUACAAUCAUGAUUAAUCAAAUGGAAAGAGUUUUUGAGGCGAUUGUAUAUUACUGCUUAAGGCAAGCUGAUCUCCUCAGCUCAAUCUUUUUAAGCUGA